CAGGCUGCCUCUAGUGGCUGUGGUGGAGUGAUGUUGUGAUCUGGCACUUUAUGCGACGCCUGGCUGUGGGAUGCACCACUGACGCACACCAGCUGUACCCUACUUUCAUGGCUCGUAUGUCGGCAUGUAUUUUUGAGUGGGAUGCUGCUGAUGUUAAUAAACUGAGAGAGACAAAGAGUGCACAGCUUAAAGGGCAUGGCUGGACAGCUCUGACUGAGAAGCAACUAGACGAAGGAAGAGUUGGAGCUGCACUGCAGGACGAGGACGCGUAGAGAAGAGCAAACCAUCCAGCUGUUGGAUCAGCUCAUCGGUGAGCUCAUCAGUGACAAGGGAAAGGAUUCGCUUGGCGUUCCUCUUCUGGACCCCAUCCGAAUGCAGCACAUCUGGGUUGUUCAGAAGAGGCAUGUGAAGUGCAUUCAGGAUCUGAUUUGCGCAGCUACUCUGGCGAACUGGUUCAUAGUGUGAACACCGAUUAUGAGAGGGUUUUCGGCAAAAAGCUGGUUCCCUCUUUUACACCACCUGCAAAAUACACAGGUGAACUGAUAGGAGUGCAGUACCUGCUGAGGCAGAAUAAUGAACCACUGCAGGAUAUGGCACCAGAUUCUGAGGAGGCAGAUGCAUUGCUGGAGCAAAUAGAAGUACAAUAGCCAGUAGAGGCCGAUGAGGGCUUUGAGGAACUUGAGAGUAUUGAGGUUUCACUUGCAGAUUUACUUCUGGACACAUCUAAUGUGAUCUCAGUGGUUCCUGACCACCACCCUAUACCUCAGCCAGCUCCACCCCCUGCUGAGUCCCCACACCUGCCUAGGCUCCAGCCAGCGUCCUCCGCUGUGGUCCAGUCCCCUCACCUGCCGGGGCUCCAGCCUGCAUCCUCCGCUGUGGUACAAUCCACUCACCUGCCGGGACUCCAGCCUGCGUCCUCCACUGUGGUACAAUCCACUCACCUGCCGGGGCUCCAGCCUGCGUCGUCUGCUGUGGUCCAGUCCACUGUUUCGUCGGGGUUACCUGGGCAAACUACAUCUUCAGAGCAAGUUGUAAGUUAAAUAUCAGUGUGCUUUGAAAAUUAAGGAUGUUUCAGCUUUUUGAGAUAUUUAAAACAUAAUGCAAUAUUUCUCCAUAGGCCGUGGAUGAACACAGUAGGGCAGGAAUGGAUCGUGUUGAUGUGCUUGCGGAGUACUUGGUGGAGCUACGAAAGGAAAAAGGCCUAACUCUUACCAACAAGCAGGCCAAAACCAUUGUGGGUCUUUGGCAAAAACUGGAGCAAAAUGAUAAGGACCAGAUUUUGUAUGCUGCACGACAUCAGGAACGACUGCUCACUGGUCAAUUUAGGUCACCCAAAAAGAAGGUUGUUUAUGCAGGAGUUGAAAGCACAAAAAGGUGUGUACUUGGUUCUUCUGGUUCUGCUGCUCAAUGGCCAGAUUGCAGCCGACUUAUUGAAAUGAUCUUUAUCAGGUUGUGCAACAUUCAUAGUAGCCCCAAACAAAUUGGACACCAAACUAUUUCUAGGUGGUCACAAAUUCUAAAUGAUUACAAAAAAAUUCGACAGCUAAUUUUGAACAAUGGCAUUAUUAUGAAAGACACAACCCUGCAACUUGUCACUGUAAACCAGACCACCUUAAUACAGUGGCAUAACAAAAGAUUUAAAGCACAAGAUGUUGCCAUUCUGAUACAAGGGCUGGUACUGCCUCAGGAACGGCCCAUUGCCAGUGAACCACUGCUCCCAGUAAAUGCUAGGCCCACUCAAUUCACACCACACAAACAUGAACACACUUACAACCUGACACCUGACACCACUGGCCAGGCAAAAACAAAACUCACUGUCAGAGACAGAGCUGAGCUGAAAACCAUCAGCCAACAGUUUUUUAUAUGCCACUCCACAUGCCAUCAACCACUGCAGCAGGCAACAAUUUGCCACUGCUUCUGCUGCCACCCCCCACUACACCAAACAUCAUAUGCCCACCAUAUUCUAAAACAACACCUACAGGCCUUACCCAAACCCAAGAGACAACCCAAAAAGAAAAGCGCAAAUACACAAGGACAGUCACAUCCAACAGAUGCACUAAAUGCGGUGAGCCACGCACCACAGAAACUGGCCAUAGCCAAUACAAAGGCAGGAUUUACUGCCCAAACAGGGAGACACUGACCAAAAGAGCAGUGGCUCAGAAGGAUGAGAAAAUAAGGGAGUACAAUUGGGUACUUUUUCACACUAAUUUUAUUGUGUGUGCGUGUGUGUGUGUGUGUGUGU